AUGUGGUUCAUUGGUUGGCCUCUAGGUUUGGUGCUUUCUGCCAUCUCCAGUAUCUUUGGGAUAGCUGGAAAACUCUUACUUAAACUAGCGCAUCUUGAACGCGACAAGGAGGAAUUAGCCGCUGCUCAAAGCAAGCUUCGUAAGAGCCACGGGGCUGUUUCUAUACCCAUGCCAUCGAUUAGAUCCAAUAUGGGCGUCACCUACUUUUACUGUGGUCUCUUUUCUAUGUUGGUUAUGAAUCCAGCACUUGGAGCAUUAGCCUACUGCUUUGCUACGCAAUCAUUGCUUGCACCUAUGGCGGGACUCACUAUCGGCUGGAACACACUAUUUGGACCAAUUUUGUUACCUCAUGAGCGUUUGACAACCAACGAUUUUGUCGGGGCAGUGCUCAUUUUCACUGGCUGUGUACUAGUCGGCGUGUCAGGAACACACGACAGUCCUCCUUUGCCGGUGGAGCUAUUGGGAGCAAGGUUCAAGUCAUUUUCAUUCGUUCUGUAUCUUGUCGCGCUUUUUGUAUUACUUUGCUUCUUAAUCCAUCAUGCAAAAGAUGCCCUGCACUUUACCACUACUUCCCGUCGAGCUGGUGUGAAGAGUUCGCCGGUGUCGAGUCCGGAACAACUUUCAGUCAUCACACGUGUUUCAUUAAGUGUAUUUGCUGGAGUGAUGAGUGGACAACUCUUUUUUCUCGCUGCUGUUAUGCAAGCUGUGCACGAUGACGGUGCAAGUCGCAUCUGGUCUUUUCCAGUGACAUAUAUAUGCGUCAUUGGCGCACUUGGAACGGCAAUUUUCGGACUAUAUCUUUUAAAUGAGGCGUUGGCUGUCGAAGAUGCAGUUGUGGUGAUAUAUCUUUAUGAAGCGAGUUACAUUAUGGCUGGUGCUGUCUCGGGACUUUGUUUUUUUCGGGAUAUGGAACAUCUAGCGACAUGGCAUUACGUACUUUACUCUCUCAGUCUAGCACUGAUCCUAUUGGGUAUCUACGUCGUUGCUAAACGCUCUCUGACGACAAAUGCGGAGGAUGAAGACGGAAAGCUUCUGCUGCUAAAGCGGCGCAUCCUGUGCUUGGAACCACUUGUCGACUGGCGCAAAUCCCUGUGCAUUGAAAACUAG